GCAUCUCUCACAAGCAAACCCUAAGGGUUUCUCUGGUUAGUUUUUAGUUGGAGCCUCCGUUUCCAUUCCUUCACACUUUCAUCACUCCGAUCUUCACAUCUUCUUCUCGAGUUCUGUUGAAGAUGUAUACCACAAAGCAGAAGAUUCACAAGGAUAAGGAUGCUGAACCUAGUGAAUUUGAGGAGACUAUUGCACAGGCACUCUUCGAUUUGGAAAACACAAACUCAGAAUUGAAGUCUGACUUGAAGGAUCUCUACAUAAAUUCAGCAAUUCAAGUUGAUGUUGCUGGGAACAAGAAGGCUGUUAUUAUCCAUGUUCCUUACAGAUUAAGGAAAGCUUACCGAAAGAUUCAUGUUAGGCUUGUCAGAGAACUUGAGAAGAAGUUCAGUGGGAAGGAUGUCAUCCUGAUGGCCACCAGGAGGAUCUUAAGACCCCCAAAGAAGGGUUCAGCUGCACAAAGACCCCGUACCCGCACACUGACUGCUGUGCAUGAGGCAAUGCUCGAGGAUCUUGUUUUGCCUGCUGAAAUUGUUGGAAAGCGAAUCAGAUACAGAGUGGAUGGUUCUAAGAUAAUGAAGGUUUUCUUGGACCCAAAAGAGAAAAACAACACCGAGUACAAGUUGGACACAUUUUCUGCAGUUUACAGGAAGCUUUCAGGCAAAGAUGUUGUGUUCGAGUAUCCAAUAACUGAUGCAUAGAAAGGUCGAGUGGCGACAGAUUUUGAAUGUUUUUCUCAGAAAUUGCUUAUUAGCGAGUUUUUUUUAAAUUUUGGAAUCAAUGAGUUGAUGUAGGAAUCAAAGUGUUGUGGAUUCAAUUUCUUCACUGUUAAUGUUGAAUUUUUGAACCUUUUCAUCUAUCCAUCGUAAUUUGCAAA